AGACUGCUUCCUAGAACUUCAGACCCAAAUGCCAGCUGUCAAGUGGACAUCUCACAGGGUGCUUGUUCAGAACAUCCCCGGUCCUCGUACUUGAAGUAUUUCCUACCCCAACUUAAGUUUGCAGGGCCUGUGCUACAAACCUGAGAGAGUAGAGAGAAGGUCACAUGAGACAUAUAGGAAGAAAGUGGUCAUCUACAAGCCAGGAAGAAAGCUCUCACCAGAAACCAAAGUUGCUAGCACCUUGAUCAUGGACUUCUAGCCUCCAGAACUCUUCCAUCUCCGCCGGAGAUCCCAACAAGAAAACAUGCCUCCCAAAAAGCCUGAGCCUAAGAAGGAAGCGGCCAAGGCUGCCCCAGCCCCUGCCCUGGCCUCAGCUCCUGAGCCCCCCAAGGAACCUGCCUUUGACCCCAAGAGCAUAAAGAUAGACUUCACUGCCGACCAGAUCGAAGAGUUCAAAGAGGCUUUCUCAUUGUUUGACCGGACACCGACUGGAGAGAUGAAGAUCACCUAUGGGCAGUGUGGGGACGUGCUGCGGGCACUGGGCCAGAACCCCACCAACGCCGAGGUGCUGCGCGUCCUGGGCAAACCCAAGCCUGAAGAGAUGAAUGCGAAGAUGCUGGACUUCGAGACGUUCCUGCCCAUCCUGCAGCACAUCUCCCGCAACAAGGAGCAGGGCACCUAUGAGGACUUUGUGGAAGGGCUGCGUGUUUUCGACAAGGAGAGUAAUGGCACAGUCAUGGGUGCUGAGCUUCGCCAUGUCCUCGCCACCCUGGGAGAGAAGAUGACUGAGGCCGAGGUGGAGCAGCUUUUGGCUGGGCAAGAGGAUGCCAACGGGUGCAUCAAUUACGAAGCCUUUGUCAAACACAUCAUGUCUGGGUGAAGCAGACCCCUCAGGGUGCCUGGCCCUGGGCCAUAAGCUUUCUGGGGCGAGUUAAGCCAGAGGCCCAGAGUGACUGAGCUGGAGCUGGGGAGCUGGGGUCCUGGACCUGCCACUGCAUCACAGCCCUGAGGACACCCCGGGCCAGUAGCCCGCCCUGUAAAUUAAACGGUUCUGGCAAGCCUGGGCCAGAUUCUCUGAUUCCGUGUGUGUGUGUGUGUGUGUGU